CCUAUUUCUUUAUUUACACGCGAAAAAUCGAGAAAAAACAGUGCAUUUGUUCGAUUUGACUUGACUAGCAUGUAGAAUGUAAUUUAAGAUGAUCGGGAAAUGUGAAGAUUAAACCAGCACAGGUUGAGUUCAUUGACAUGAUUAAUGUGAGAGAAAAUCAACAAAGAAAGGAUUUAAAAGGACAAUAUUUGAGGUUGUAAAUAAUGUUUGGUGAAGGUUUAAACAUGGUAAAAGUCUAAAUGGAGAAGAAAAAGGUUGUCAGAAUUUGAAAAAGGAACUACAAAAUAGGAAGCAUAUUUCAAAAUGGAUAAGCUAUAUGGUUGUCCCUUGUGUAACAUUGGAUUUUCCAAGCCGACUGAACUGAAAAAUCAUCUUGACCUUCAUGAGAAUCAGCCGACUGAAUUUAGAUUCAGAUGUGAACAGUGCCCUGCAGCAUUCAUUAAUAAACAGUAUCUUAUCCUUCAUCAGGCAAGUGCACACACUGAACAGGAUACCUCAUCACAUGGAGAACAAAUAAAAAGUUCUCAGGAGGAAAAAGCUUAUAAGUGUGAUCAAUGUGAUAAAAGUUUUAUAAGGGUAGGUAAUUUUAGAACACAUAUGAAAUGGCAUGAGAAUGGAGAAGACCACUUCAAAUGUAAUCUUUGCAAUCGGAAAUUCCUAAAUCAGGAGAGUCUCCUUAUCCAUGAACGAGUUCAUUCAGGAAAUACUCCAUAUCAAUGUGGAUUCUGUUCUAAAAGUUACUCAACCAUAAAAAAUCUACGUAUACAUCAAAAUAGAAUGCAUAAAAACAGUAAGAAUCAUGUUUGUGAUCACUGUACUGCGGCUUUCACAUCAAUGGUCAAACUAAAUAUGCACAGACUGAAACAUUUUGAUGAUCCUGCUGAUUCAGAUGAGUUGUCGGUUGAAUGUUCAGAGCUAGUAGAGUCCACACCUGAACAGUAUAUAUGUAAUAUCUGCAAUAAGACAUUUCUAGAUAAAGGAUGGUUAGCAGAUCACAAGAAAUUACAUGAACUAACAAUGUUUCCAUGUAAUUUUUGUGACAGAUACUUUGAAAGUAUUUCUGAUCUGAAAGGACAUGAAAUUGAGGAACAUGGGACACACAGAAACUCAUCAAAACUUUCUGAAGGAAAUCAUCAUAAACAAUCGUACAAAUGUGACAUUUGCAAUAAAGAAUUCAUGCAAAAGCCUCUUUUAGAUGCUCAUUUAUUGCAACAUACACGCCAGAAGCCUUUUGGGUGUAACUUUUGCUCAAGUGCAUUUCAAUUUGACAAUGAAUUACGAAUGCACUUGAGGACUCACAAGCAUCCCAGACCAUUUUCUUGUAAACUUUGCCAUGCAAGGUUUGGACAGCACAAUCAAUUAAAAACUCACAUCAGACAUAUGCAUACUGGUUUGAGUGGGAUUCAGCUUACAAGGUCACCUUCAACGUGUUCCACAGAGGAGACAUCAACAGAAGAGAAUGAGUCAGAUACUGUUACAGUCUCCUCUAUGAUGGAUUCUGAGACAGAUAUUUAUGUUCUCGCCACCUCUGAUGAACAGGGUAUGUCAUCUACCGUAUCUACGGAUGAUGAGGAUACAGACAACGAAGCAGUCAAACAUUUUCAUCCAAUGUCAAAUAGAGGUCAUAGAGAAACUGAUGAAAUGAACAUCGAAUUAGAUUCAUCUCAAAAAGGUCCAGUUUCAUUUUUGUUAUUUGGAAAGCUAGAGGAUCUUAAACAGAAUGAGUUUUUAUAUGAAAAUAGACAAACUUUAGAAGGAAAAAAUCCCAAAAUUUCAACUCAGCCAGAUAUUAGUUUUAAUAAGUACAACAAAUUUGAAGAACAUUUAGAACUAUGGGAAAAUGGAGUGAGUAGUACUGUCAGGUCAUUGCAAAAUCGUAUGAAUACAAUAAAUCAGCCAUUACAAGGAAGUUUCAACUCAACAGGUGUAGGUGAAUAUGGCAGAUUGAAUCAAGCUGGUGAUCAAAUGAUAGAUUUGCCGAAACUUUCUAAUUAUGCAGGAACUGACAAUUUAUUAUCUUGGCCAUCACCCCAGCAUAUCACAUUAUUCGAAAACAUUGAUAUAAGUGAAUUUUCUGAUGACAGUACAGAUUCAAAACCUAGAAGAAGGAGAUUAUCUGGUCGGAGUAUUAUGUCUUCUGGGAGUCAUAUUGGUUUAAAAGCUGUAAACCCAGACAAUAGUUCUUACAUUACCAAAGACGAGAAUCUGAAUAAUGAUUUAAGCCAGCUUGGCCAUGUUAAAAAUUCGAACACACCUAACUUUCAAUUAAAACAUACUAUUGAUAAACAGGAUACCAUGCUUAAAUUUCAUUCUGAAAAAGAAGAGGAUGUAAAAAAUGGAGCUUCACAUUUUAGUCUAUUUCAAGACAUGUCUAAGCACACUGUUGCCACUAAAGGCAGAUUUACUAAAGAUAUAAUUCGAAAUGAUGCUUCUUCUUUAUCUAGGAUGAACUACAUAGAACAAAUGCAAAAUAAAAAUCAGAAUUUAGAAAUGUAUGGUAUGAAUCCAAAUGACAAUCUCAGGGGACAAUUUACUGGAAAGGGGUCAAGUCUUCUUCAUGAAAAUAAAACUGACCAGGAAAGGAAAUUUAGACAAAACAUGUCAGAAAACUUAUUAGGAAAAUAUUUCUCUGGCAAAACUGAAAUCUGUAAGCAAUUUCGACCCAAACUUCAAUCAAGUGCUUGUCUCUCUCCAAAGUCUAAUUAUAGCUCGGAUUACCAUGACAACAUUCAUGAUGAUAAACAGACCCAAUUUAAAUCAUUUAUUCAGUCUCAUAAAAAAAGGAUUUUUCAGAAGUCAGACAUCAAGAAAAAGAUUAGAAAUGGUCAUGAAAAUUCACAAAGCUAUGAUAGUGAAAAUGAAAUAAGUUUUGCGAGUCGAGACAUUGUGAAAAAAAGAAGUUCUCCUCAAAGAGGUUUUGAAAAGACAAAAGAGUCUGAUACAUGUGACAGUGAAGUUGAAAUAAGUUUUAAGCGGCCAAAUAUUAAAAUAACUAUUAGGGCACCAAAGGAAACACAUGAGAAUAUUGAUUCUAGUGAUAAUGAAAUUAGUUUCAGUAAGAAGAAAAAACAAAACAAUGGUGUUUUUAUUAAAGCUGAUCAGAAUGUUGAAUCCAGUGAUAAUGAAAUUAGUUUUAGUAAGAAGAAAAAACAAAAAGAUGGUGUUUUUAUUAAAGCUGAUCAGAACGUUUCAUUUUUUCUUGCAAAUCCAAUGUUGGGGUAUUGCAGUUCUUUUGAUGAAUGUAGCAGCAUAGAUAAUGACCUGGCUGAUCAGACUACUAUUGAAGAUUGUAGUAGUAUAGAUAGCGAUGACCGUAAAUCACUGAGUAGCCAUGGCAGUUAUCUCGCUGAUGAUAGUACUGUUCCAGACGAUGAUGCUACACCAGAGAGGACUCUUUCUGAAAAUAGCUGCUCGUCAGACAUAGAAAGCAAUUUUGACCACGAUUAUUUCUGGGAUAUUGGUUAUGAGGACGAUAAUUCAAGCGUGGAAAAUACCCUGCAGGGAGCUAGUUGUAUGUACAGUCCUGUAAGUGGUAAAUCUGAGGAUGGUAGCAUUUUAGACGAUGAUAAUCUAAUGACAGAUAAUUGCUCUAGUAUAGAAAGUGAUAUAGAAAUUGACAUUCCACAUCAAAAGUUGCAUACUAAAAGAUGCAUGAAGAAGAAAAAAAUAUGGUUGAAAAAGAAUUUCAAAUUUGAAAUCAGCAAAAUUAACAAUAGACCUUUUAUAUCUAAUGCUUUCUAUCAAAAGGAUUCAAAUGAUGAAACUAAAGCACUUCAAUCAGCUGUCUCAAACAUUAGAAAAGAGUAUGGUGAGAAUAAUUCUGUAUUAGAAGACAAGGUUGCCAGUAUUAGAGAAAUGGUGAAAAGAAGAUAUUUCAAGAUGAAAAAGAAAUCAAGUGAUAACAGUAGUAGAGAAAGUAGCAUCAAGAAAACGUCUCCACUAAAGACACCCUCCUCAUCAAAUGGUAAACUAAAAACCCAUAAAAAGAUAUCGUCAACAAAAGUCUCCCAAUGUAUAAACAUAAAUAGAUUAAGCAAAAAGAACAAUUCUCAGUCGUUAGAAAAAAGUAGCAGAGAUACAGAUUAUUCUUCUACUGAAACCCUUUCUCCAAAGUUAGAUAUACAUUGUGUGAAAGAACCAACAAUUAGGACAUUUCAACCUUUAGUCGAGAAAAAGGUAAACAAUCUAGACACACCUAUUGUUGCAUCAGGAAAAAUGCCUGUAAUUAAUAGUCCUAGUUACAAAACCAGAUAUGCAGAGGUAAAGAUAGCAACGAAAAAACUAAAUCGUAAUUCAGAUGUUUUUAAUUCCAAUAUUGGUACAUCAGAGAAGGAAGCAUUACACACCGAAGAAGUCAUUACUGUGAGUCCACCCAAUAUUCAUGACAGUUAUGUACGCACACAAGGACUUUUAAACCAUUCAACUCUGGACAUUUCUGAAGAUACUACAAGUUCUAAAAGAUCUUCUGUAAAAAGUCCACUCUAUAUAAAGAGUCCAAGAUAUAAGACCAGAUAUGCAUCACAAAGGCUAGCUAAAAAAAGGAUGAGGAAUGAAAGAGACAAUAGUUCUGUUAAAUUACAGAAGCCUCCACGUACAUCACAUAGGUCUCCAGGUUCAUUUAGUCAAACAAGUACAAUACAAAACACUCAAUACGCCUCAUCACAUAAGUCUACGGGUUCAUUUAGACUAACAAGUCCAAUACAGAACACUCAAUAUGCCUCAUCACAUAAAUCUACAGGUUCAUUUAGACUAACAAGUCCAAUACACAACACUCAAUAUGCCUCAUUGGGGCCAUUCUUCAAUUUGAAAAGUCCAAUAUAUAAGACAAGAUUUGCAACUCGGCGAAUUGCACAGAAAAGAAUAGCAAUUGAGUCAGGAAAAUUACUUGAAUUCAAUUCGAGGCAGCCUCCAAAAGGAAUUGUUUAUGGACCUACACCAACAUCAGUAGGUCCUCUACAAGCAAAGAAAAGAAAGCUAUCAACAAAGAAUGAAGAUCUAUCAAAUGUUACAAAAAACGUCAAAAGUAAGUCACAGUCAACGCUUCAAAGGAGUAGACCAAGGAAAAGAAAUGGUCCUGCAAAUCGUAGGAAACCGCCAAAACAAAAUGGUCAUAUUAAACCCAAAAUGCAAAAUCAGUUUUCGACAGAAUGUGAAAUGGUCUGUCAAAGUCCUGUACAUAAAGUGCAAAAACAAAAUAUCGUAUCACAAAGUAAUUUGGAAACGUGCAAUAAACUUGUAGAUGCCACUGUACCAAAAACCCGAUGUGGCAGACCGGUAAAAUCUCCUGACAGAUAUAAAACUGCAAAUAUAAUUGUAAGUGAAUGUACUGUGAAAUUAAACCGGGUUCCAAGACAAAAGAAUACAAGAUUACAACGUAAUGAUUUGCAAAAGGAUUCCCCAAUCGAAGGUUUUCCAGAGAAAGAAAAGAAAAAGAGCAAAAGUAGGAAAACAAGGAACAACUCAAUAAGAAAAACACAGAAAAAUUUAUCAAGAGACAACAUAGAAAACUUUGAAGUCAUUGGUAUUGAAGAGGCCGAAACAAUACUAUCCAAUCAACUCAGAGAACAGCAAGUUAAUAGCUUUCCCAAACAAAAACAUGAAACAAUCUCUCCUAAAAGAAAGAGAAAUAAGCUGAACAAAGAAUCUACCAACAAUUUAUCAGAUAAGAAAAAAGAACUUGAUGAAAACUGCUCUAUGAGAAACAAGUUUAAGAGACAAGAAAGUUAUGAUACAAGUAGCAUAGGUAGUAUAGCAGUCUAUGAAGGUGUUGAUUUAGACAAAUAUAUUGGCAAUGAGUCUUCAGAUUCUCAGGAUAAUUUUGCUAAAAAUGGAGGUUGUGAUACUUACAUGUCUAAUUUUAAAAUGUUUGAACGAAAUUCAGACAUGGCAGGACAGAGAAAAACUGAGGAAAGAAAUAAGUUUGAAAAAUACAAAACAAGUUCACAACAGGAAAUAUCAAUGCCUGUGUCAAGUAAAGAAUUUAAUGAUCACACUAAACAAAUGACAAACAGACAACAGAAUGAUAAAACCUGUGUAUCAGAACAAGUGUUACCAUACAAUAUACAAGGAUAUAAGGCAGCUGUGUCAGAAUUUGUGGUACCCACUGUUGAAAAUACUCGUUCUAAAUGUAAGGAACGUGAGAAGUUCAUGAAAGAAUUACAAAUAACACAUGACAAUGUUAGAGAUGAUUUAGAAACAGUUGUUAGAAAUACAAAAAGAAACAAUGUUUCAAAUAAAAGUGGAAGCAUAAAACUAAAUAAAGGUAUGAAUCAAACAGAAAUAAACAAGGGAAGUACUUUUCAUCCAACAUGUUCAACAAGUUAUAAAAAUACAAAUGAUAAAAUCGCUGACAAAAAUGAAGUUGUGAAACCAUGUAUCAUACAGAAAUUGAAAGACAAAAUGGGUUCAAUUGUUGGAGAUUUGAUGAAGAAUAGUUUGAAGAAGAACCAAGCAAAGAAAUCAUCAAUACUCAAGGUACCAGUUUAAAAGAGGAACAAUUCUGACAAAGGUGCCUUCAUUCCGCUGGACAGA